AUGUCCAGUGACAGUAAUAAAAAGAAAAAAUUGAGUAAAAAGAAAAAAGGAUUGAAAGAAAUUGAUGUUAUCUCCGAAUUGAUUGGGUCUUUUAUGAUCAGCAAUAAUAAUCCCCUAUUAUCUGGGAUAAUUGAUGUUAUGAAUUUACAUCCUGAUCUAAUUGAACAACUACAAUUUUUCAACUUAUGGGAUGAAGUAAAUCAAGGUUUUGACAUUAUAUCUCCGCCAGACAAUCUAUUAGAAUUUGUAAACUUAUAUUUAGAAAAAAAAGGAUGUUAUGGAAUCAGUCACAUGAUGGGUUUGCGCCCAUUAAAAAUUUCAUAUUUUGGGAUUUAUAUAGAUUAUCCUACUAAUACUAAUGGGAUUACAACAUAA